AGCUAUCUCUUCCCCCCCGCGCCUUCCAUUAAUCUAUUUUCUUUCUCUCUACUACGCCAGAUCAAUAUAUCCCUCUUCCUUUCUCUGCCCUCUCUUCCACAGAUGCUGCAGUCUCACCUUCAACCAGGAACCUGUCCGUGUACCACAAUUCUUAUCAGAUGUAGCGGUGAAAACUGGCAUGAACCCUGCAUGACGUCAGUGGGUGGCAUUCCUUCUGGGGAAAUCCCGUGAUAUUUCACUCUCCCCCCAUUGUUCCCUGUGACGUCAAGUUAUCGAGAUGCGAUCUCCGUCACUGCCCUCUUUUGCUGUUAUGCAGCCGUGUUCUCGAUUUUCUCUAUCGCUUUUCUAUCGCUUCGCUUCCACCGUUCAUCCGUGAAAGUGGUUACAAACCUUGUGCCGCUUGUACAGUACAUACGGUCAUUGUCAAAGUCGACUUCGAGUGUUGCGCUAUACUGGCAUCAUGCCGUCACUUAAACUUGGGCGGAACGAUAACGCCGAAAGGGAGGAGCGGCCAGACAAUGAGGGUGACGAUACCCAACAUCCAGAGCCCACUGAGCGCUCACGACUCUUGCCGCGCGAUCCCCCAGCUUAUCUGAGUCCUGAUGAUCCUGCUGUCUCUCCGUACAACCUUUGGAGCAUCCGCGCUCUUCGCGGCCUAUCCUCGCUCUUUCUGGCCCUGAGUUUCAUUUGGUGGACCUUCCUUCUUGUAUCACUGUUCGUCAGUCCUCCCAUGAUGCAUAGUCGGGGGUCUGGGUUCUUCAGCUUCGCCUAUACAACCCUCACCACCGGUUACCUCGUCAUCAGCCUGCUGUUCUUUGCCGUGCCGUCCAAGCCGAUGACCGUGUGGGGGAUCAUUAUCGGGGUCUUUCUCUGCAUCGAUAUGAUCCUCACCCUUGCUGUACCUCGCAUCCGCGUCGAAGAGGGUUGGGUAGGCGUAGCCUCGGUUGUCUGGGCCACAUUCAUCGCCCUGUACAGUAUCUUCCAGAAUCGGGCGGUAGAAUGGGGCAAGCGUGAAGAGGAAGAGCGUCUCACCGGUCGUCCUGAAAGCCGUCGCCCCCUCCGCGAAUGGAUCGCCGUGCUACUGCAGACCAUCUUCAUGGCUAUCUUCGGAAUCGUCUCUAUUCUCUUCACGGCUACACUGAUCCUGCGGGCCCGCGACGCCUCUCUCCCUGCGCCAGGCAAGAAGUAUCUCGUCAAUAGCAAUAACUACCAGGUCCACCUCAACUGUGUCGGCAGCCCUAACACAACGACGACUCAAUACCUCAAUGACGUUCCCACCGUCCUGAUCGAAGGCGGCGAAGGUCCUGUCGAGCACACCCUCCAACCUUUCAUUGACAACGCCUACCAAAGCGGCCUGGUCCCUCGCUACUGCUACUGGGAUCGCCCCGGCUUCGGUUGGUCCGACAACGCACCGUCCCCCUACUCAGCCGGCAUGGCCGCCGACGCCCUCUCGGAGGCUCUUGCCCUGGCCGGCGAAGAAGGUCCCUGGGUCCUCGUCUCUGCGGGUGUCGGUGGCAUCUACAGCCGCAUCUUCGCGAGUAGGCAUCUGCUUGAGGUGACUGGCAUCCUACUCAUCGACAGCACGCACGAGGACUAUCUCUCUCAGAUCGGCUCCUCAGGCCGCGGCUUUGUCCUUUGGCUGCAAGGAGUGCUCUCACCGCUGGGGCUGGAUCGCAUUGCCGGCGCGCUGUUCAAGGGUCGCACUCGCGAGGACCGGGUCUACGGCCGCAGCGCCUACCAGACAGGAAAAUUCAUCAAGGCCAAGCUCCAAGAAAAUCUCGUCGCCAAGUCCAUGACCGCCUCGGAGGUCCAGACUGCCCGCCACGUCCAGAUGUCUGACACGCCGCUGGUCGUCGUCAGCUCGGGCGUCGAGGUCCGCAAAAGCCACAAAUGGGCCAAGACGCAGGAGGACCUGACGAAGAUUACCCAGAACCUGAAGGACUGGGAUAUCGUGAGCGGGGCACCGCACGAGGUGUGGAAGACUGUCGAGGGGAGACGCCUUCUGGAGAAGAGACUGGGCGAGUUGCUUGAGCAAGAGUAA